CGCCUCGACAGCUGAAGGGAGCUCGGGUGAACGGGGUUUGCUGCUGCGCUAGCUGAUUGGCCUUCAACCCUGUCAAUCCGAAGCUUGAGGCCCUAGAGUUGGAGUGGGAGGGAAGAAGGUCGAUAAGGAGGAAAGGAAGCGUGGGGAACGUGUGGUUGCCCGAAGAAGUGUUAAAAGAGUUUUGCAAUCGCCUUAGCGAGGAGGCUCUGGGUAAAAGGAGGAGGAGCCAGGAAGCGAGAGGAAUGGACGCGGCCUCGGCGCGUGGGCGGGGCCUAAAAAGUGACACCACGCCCCACCAGGAGAGUUUGCAUAUUUAUAAAGAACCACCGAGAUUUUUGGAUGACUUGGCAGUCUAGAGGGGCCAGAACACUUCGUUCCUAGCGCGUUUCCGUUUCCGCUAGGAUAUUGGCGGUUGGUGAGCAUCAUGGCAACCGUGACAGCCACAACCAAGGUUCCAGAGAUUCGUGAUGUGACACGGAUUGAACGUAUUGGCGCUCACUCCCAUAUCCGGGGGCUGGGACUUGACGAUGCCUUGGAGCCACGGCAGGCUUCCCAGGGCAUGGUGGGCCAGUUGGCGGCUCGGAGGGCAGCCGGUGUGGUGCUGGAGAUGAUCCGAGAAGGGAAGAUCGCUGGCCGGGCGGUUCUCAUCGCUGGCCAGCCGGGUACUGGGAAGACAGCCAUUGCCAUGGGCAUGGCACAGGCCCUGGGCCCCGACACCCCGUUCACAGCCAUCGCAGGCAGUGAGAUCUUCUCCCUGGAGAUGAGCAAGACAGAGGCGCUGACCCAGGCCUUCCGGCGCUCCAUCGGCGUGCGCAUCAAGGAGGAGACCGAGAUCAUCGAAGGGGAGGUGGUAGAGAUCCAGAUUGAUCGGCCGGCCACGGGGACGGGCUCCAAAGUGGGCAAGCUGACCCUCAAGACCACAGAGAUGGAGACCAUAUAUGACCUGGGCACCAAGAUGAUCGAGUCCCUGACCAAGGACAAGGUCCAGGCCGGGGACGUGAUCACCAUCGACAAGGCCACAGGCAAGAUCUCCAAGCUGGGACGCUCCUUCACACGUGCUCGUGACUAUGAUGCCAUGGGCUCCCAGACCAAGUUCGUGCAGUGCCCAGAUGGGGAGCUGCAGAAACGCAAGGAGGUGGUGCACACGGUGUCCCUCCAUGAGAUCGACGUCAUCAACUCCCGCACUCAGGGCUUCCUGGCGCUCUUCUCAGGCGACACAGGGGAGAUCAAGUCUGAAGUCCGAGAGCAGAUCAACGCCAAGGUGGCCGAGUGGCGGGAGGAGGGCAAGGCGGAGAUCAUCCCCGGCGUGCUGUUCAUCGACGAGGUCCACAUGCUGGACAUUGAGAGCUUCUCCUUCCUCAACCGGGCCCUGGAGAGUGACAUGGCGCCUGUCCUUAUCAUGGCUACCAACCGCGGCAUCACCCGGAUCCGGGGCACCAGCUACCAGAGCCCCCACGGCAUCCCCAUCGACCUGCUGGACCGGCUGCUCAUCGUCUCCACCUCCCCCUACAGCGAGAAGGACACAAAGCAGAUCCUUCGCAUCCGGUGCGAGGAGGAAGACGUGGAGAUGAGCGAGGAUGCCUACACGGUGCUGACCCGCAUCGGGCUGGAGACCUCACUGCGCUAUGCCAUCCAGCUCAUCACGGCUGCUAGCCUGGUGUGCCGGAAACGCAAGGGCACCGAGGUGCAGGUGGACGACAUCAAACGGGUCUACUCGCUCUUCCUGGACGAGUCUCGCUCCACGCAGUACAUGAAGGAAUACCAAGAUGCCUUCCUCUUCAACGAGCUCAAAGGUGAAACCAUGGACACCUCCUGAGCUGAUCACCUUUCCCCCUCACCCCCACCCCUGUUUUCUACUAGAGUUCUGACACUGUGACUUUGUAUAAAAUGGUUCUGAAACUGGA